CGGUCGUCACUUUACACCGGAUGAUUACAACCACGAUACCGUGCUAAUGCAACGGUUUGGAGGCAGCACGAAGAAUUUUCACCUCAGAGGCGAGGCCCUACCGUCUUUGUUCCUUCCCGUUGCAAAGGGUCAUACACCACCUCGGGAAAGCGUGACAGAUCGUGUCGAUGUAUUGAAAACCUCCGCCAGCCAGACAGCCACAAGAAAAACCACAAGAACAGUGGAAACCCAGACGACACCAGAAUGCCAGUCUGUUGCCACGCAGGUGCAAAUGACCAUGAAAAUCAUGGUUUCCACAGCGACACAGACGAAGCAUCCCUCCACCACACAAAGUGCAGUGCUGAAUCAGCGUGAAGCUGCAUGCCCUGAAGCCCAAAGAGACACUGCAAUACAAGUCACCCCACUACCAUUGCUCCCAGCAGACUUCAGACCUCUCCGUGGUUCAACGCCUGUGCCAAUGGAGAUGGAUGACUCUUGUGCAGGUGAUGAAGACGAGCCAGCAGCUCAAGAAGACACCAGCUAUGUGCCAUCAUUCAGCGAGAGCUUCUUCAGUGCUCACCAUGAGAGUUCAGAAGUCCCCACAAGGGUAGAAGAGCCCUUGCACACUGAACGAAAGUUCAUUGUCUUUGAGAGCUGCCUGCGGGAAUUGCUCACCACCUGCAAGGUCUGUGGCCAAGCAGUAGGCGACAUCAGCUCCAAGGUUGUGGGCACUUUGCUCAUAGUGGAGGGCAUGUGUGACAAAGAACACAUGCUCCAGUGGAGGAGCCAGCCACUUGUUCGUGGGAGUGGAGCUGGAAACAUUCUUCUGGCAGCAGGAGUGCUAUUUUCUGGCUGUGCAGUGGCUGCGACCUUGAGGUGCCUAAAUUCUAUCGGCGUGCAGACCAUCACAGAACGGACCUUCUACAACUACCAGAGGGCCUACUUGCUGCCUGCCAUAAACGAGCUUUUCCACCGUAAGCAAGCUGAAAUGGCCAGUGAGCUUGCUGGCUUGCAAGUCGACCUGGCAGGUGACGGGCGCUGUGACUCUCCAGGCUACAGUGCCAAGUACAUGACAUACAGUGUGCUUUCUAUGCAGAAUGGCUGCAUUUUGCACACAGAACAAGUGCAAGUUGGAGAGUCGCCUGAAGUCCCUAACAGUGUUUCUAUGGAAAAACAAGGGCUUGCCAAGUGCUUGAUGGGUGUCGAGAAGCUGGGCAUCAGGAUACGUUCGCUGACAACAGACCGACAUCCUGGUGUCAACCGGUACUGCCGCGUGGAGAAGCCAGAGAUUAAGCACUGGUUUGAUACUUGGCAUGUUGCUAAAGGUCUGAAAAAAAAGCUCCUGGCUGCUAGCCGCACACAUCAAGUUAUCACACCUUGGAUCCAAAGCAUCCUAAACCACCUCUACUGGGUGGCUGCCAUGGGCCAAGGUGAUGGUGAGCUUGUCAUCAGCAUGUGGAGAAGCCUGCUCAACCACGUGUGCAACAAACACGAUGGCCAUGAUGGGCCCUACAAAAAAUGCCUCCAUGACUCCCUUGACGACAGGGAAUGGUUGAGACCAGCAUCACCUGCAUUUCUUCGUCUCAAAACCAUUGUCGACAAUGCGAGACUACUGAAGGAUAUCCGCCGGCUCUCUCCUGAGGUGCAAACGUUUUCAUUGGAGUCCUUCCACAGCGUGCUGAAUCGGUUUGCUCCAAAGUCCAAUGCCUUCUCAGUGGACGGAAUGCAAGAGAGAACGAGGCUCGCUGUGCUGCACUUCAACGAGAAUGCUGCACGGCACCAAGCACUCACUCAGGAUGGAGAGCAGCGGUGGAAGAUUAAAUCUUCCAAGGCAAGGCGAGGCCACUUCACUGUGACUACAGUGAAAGAGGACCCAAGCUACGAACGGAAGAUCCAUCAGCUGUGUUCCACAUCUAGGCCAGCAGACUGCCCCACGAGCAACACAUGACCCAAGACUAUAUAUUGUCCUUGCAAAUAAAUUGCGCCUUUUUUGGUCCAUGCUAUGAAGUGUGUCGCGUCAGUCCUUUGCAACCACAUGACGGCCUCAUGAGGAUACGUGUGGGCACCUCAUUGACUCUGGCUGCUCGGGCCACGUAGACAGGUGGUGCUCAGGCAUCCCCUGCAUCCUGCGCUUUCUGUCGCACAGCUGCUACGGAGGGAACACUAGACUGCAUCUCUCAGAAGCUGUCCGGGCCUUCAGACAGUCCAUGCGUGCCAUCUACGUAGCCUGGGCCAACAACUCGGCCGUCCGCCUGACUUUUGCCAAUGGACACACGGUCCUUUGUUUAUGUUUAUGCCACUCCUGCAUGUAACCCUGGAAAGAGGCCUUAUUAUGUUCAUGAAUUUAUGCCGCAGGGCGUACUUGCACAAUAAAAAAAGUGUUGAGACACUCCCGCAACACACUAACACCCGUCUGGUGAAAUGUGCCCCACUCUGUUCCGAGCAGGCAAGCGAAGAGAACUACUUGGCUAAUGCAGUCAGGCAGCCACCUUUCCUUGGGGCAGCAUCAAAGACUUGACCAAGCCAAGGGCCAGUAUUUGUUGGACCUUCCAGAUA